AGCGGGAACUCCCAGUGUUGGGGUGUGCCCUUCUCCCCCGGGUUUCCCUUCUUCUUCUCACGGGUCCUUCUGCCUGGAUACUCCUGACGUUCUGCUGCGAUUCUGGUUUGUAUGUCCCAACUCUGCAGGGGCCAAUCGGCGUCACCUAGGAUUCCAGUAUAAAGUCCUCACGUAGUACCCGAGUUCUUUCUCCGAAGACGCUCAGGGUCCGGAUCAUGGAACCACGAGCCCUGCUCCUGCUGCUCUCGGGGGCCCUGACUGUGACCGAGACCUGGGCGGGCCCACACACCCUGAGACAUUUCGGCACCUCCGUGUCCCCACACGGGAAGUUCCGGCACAUCGUGGCCAUCUACGUGGACGACACGGAGGUCACAUGGUUCGACAGUGCUGCCCCGAAUCCAAGGGCACAGCCGCGGAUGCCGUGGAAGAAGCAGCCGUGGAUGGAGCAGGAGGAUCCAGAUUUUUGGGCGGAACAGACGCGGGUCUGCAAGGACUGCGCACAGUUUUCCCGAGCAAAGCUGAAAAACCUGCGCGCCUACUACAACCACAGCGAGGACGGGUCUCACACCUUCCAGGUUACUUUUGGUUGCGUUGUGGGAUCGGACCUGGGAUUCCUCGGCGCGUACGGUCAAACCGCAUACGACGGCACCGAAACCUUCGCGUUGAACUUGGACCUGAGUUCCACCACCGGAGCCAAUAAGACCACCCAGAUCACCAUACUGCGCGAUUUGUUGCAUCAAGAUGUUGUGGAGAUAUGGAGGGCCUACCUGGAGCACACGUGUCUGAGCUGGCUCCGCAUGUUCCUGGAGAAGGGGAAGGAGACACUGCUCCGAGCAGACCCUCCAAAGACACACUUGACCCACCACCCUAUCUCUGACCAUAAGGUCACCGUGAAGUGCUGGGCCCUGGGCUUCUACCCUGCGGACAUCACCCUGACCUGGCAGCGUGAAGGGGAGGACCUGACCCAGGACAUGGAGCUUGUGGAGACCAGGCCUGCGGGGGAUGGGACCUUCCAGAAGUGGGCAGCUGUGGUCGUGCCCCCUGGAGAGGAGCAGAGAUACACGUGCCAUGUGCAGCACCAGGGGCUGCCUGAGCCCCUGACCCUGAGAUGGGACCCCCCUCCUCAGACCACCAUCACCAUCGUGGGCAUCGUUGCUGCCCUGGGUCUCCUUGGAGCUGUGGCCGCUGGAGCUGUGCUGUGGAGGAGGAAGAGCUCAGACAGGGGCAAGAAGAGCUACACUCAGGCUGCCUGCAGCGACAGUGCCCAGGGCUCUGAUGUGUCUCUCACAGCUCCUAAGGGUGAGACCCUGAGGGCAGGAAUUGGGGGGAUUGGGACUGAGACAAACUGGGUUUUGUGGAUUCUCAGAGUGGCACAUUCUGAGCAUGAGGCGGGCUGUGGGAGAAUGUGA